AUGGCCAGCCACGUUUCGUACUACUACGUGGCCACGGCGCCGAGGGCCGUGCCAGCCGCCGUGACCAUGCCGGUGAGGCAGAUCUACAUCAUGCCACGCGCUUCUGUGCCCACGACGUCCUUUUGGCCCAAUUUUCCCGUCAAGGCUGCCACUUUGCCCUCGGCGCGACCGGUGGCCCCUGCCACCAGGUCGUUGGCGCCUGGCCCAGCGAAGAUGGAGCACAUGCAGGUCCCCGUGGUGCAGACGACGACGAAGACCGUGGUCUCUGCACCCAGGAGCUUUGUCCCCGGGCCACCGGCACAGGCGCGUGCGCACACCUCCUCCGUGGUGCAGACCGCGACGAAAACCAUCGUGUCUGCACCGAGGCCAGCUCCCACCGGUUUGGUGGGUCCGAAUUUCGAGGUGCCCCUGCAGGAGGGGGUCGAGAAGCUCUCGCCUGGAGAGGUGUGUGAACUCCUCCAGAAAGGACAGUGCUGCCUCAUCGAUGUGCGCGCGGAUGAUCGAGCCUCUGGCUACAUUGAGGGCGCGGUGCACGAACCCACCAGCUUCCAGGCACCCCUUUUGAACCGGGUGCCGGAGCUGGUGCAGAAGUUCGGCAAGGAGAAGCUGGUGAUCUUCCAUUGCCAGUACUCGCUGCACCGUGGCCCGCAGUGUGCGAACUGGUACCGCCAGCAGGCACCUCCGACGCAGCGCGUGGCCGUCCUCGAGGGAGGCUUCCGCGGCUGGGAAGGACAGCGUCUUCCGGUCGUCCGCGAGAAACUCAUGGGUGCCCAUGGGCAGGCGAAGGCAGACGUCUAUGCGCUCUCGAUGGGCAGGCGUGUGGCAGGUGCUGGAGCGUGA